AUGGAGACGCGCGCGAGAGAGGGAAACGCCGAGGUGGACGCGAGUGAGGGGAGCAGGGCGUCGAGCGCGGCGGCGCGGGCGCUGAGACCGAGUUUUUUGGCGGCGCGAAGAGGAUCGCGGUUCGCGCAUCAAGAAUUCGUCCGACUGUGCGCGGACGCGGCGCGACGAGGGACGCUCACCGUCGGGGACGCGCGCGUGGAGGCGGCGCUCAUGGGGUUGAGCGCGGAGGCGAGGAUGGGGCAGAGUGAGCAGGAUGCGUUCGCGAGCGCGGUGGCGAUGGUGAUAUUGACGCUUCGGCGGUUCGACGACGCGUUCGACGCGAGCGCCGAGAUCGAUCCCGAGGCGCGGGGGAUGUUGAAAUACAUCGAGAUGACGAAUAAGAACGCGGACGAGGGGCACACGUUGCGUCGCAUGGAGCUCGAGCGGAGGUUUUUAAAUCCAGAGAGCGCGCGAAGGGCUCCGGCGCCGCACGAGACCAUCAUGCGUAUGAACUGUAAGCUCACGCUCUUGACGCGCGAGAUGAUCGAGCACGAGCGAGGGAUCACGAGUGCGAGACGUGAGCUCGAGGCUUUGAGCGCCUCGGUGUCCACGGAGAGAACGGAGGUGAUUGAGAUCGAGACAAAGCAGCAGCUCGCGCUCGGGUGGUGCACUCGCGAGCGCACCCCGGCGCGCGCGCUGGCGUCGGACAUGCUCGUCGCCUUCUUCAGUGUGCUCACGGGACAUCCCGUUGGAUAUAGGGCGUUCGUUCGCGCCGCGCGCACGGCGUACGAGAGCGGGAUCUCGGCCGAUGAGAUCACCGCCGCGCUCGACGGAGCCGAGUUGGACGUGGAGGGCACGCGUCGGGGCAUGUUCGGACGCGCCUCGGACGCGCCAAAGCUCUUCGCCGGAUUCGUCUCGACGGCGUACGUUGCGUUCGAGGCGCAAGGUCUGCCCCUUCCGCCAGCCGCGAAUGGGGACGAGGAUUUAUACGCGUACGCCAACUACCCGCGGGCGAUCGACGAAACCGGCGUCGAGAGAGAGGAAGAGAGUGACGACAAGAAGCGGGCGUUUUCCCGUGGUUUACGACAGGCUGUCGAACUUUGGCUCACGAUGGAUCGCGAAGAACUCGCGAACCAGGUUCAGGCAUCGCUGUCCAUGGAUGAGGGCGACGACGAUGUCGCGAAGCAGCCGUUUGAAACGGGAACACCGCCGCCGCCGGGAGACGACGAGUCUUUCGGCGUCGUUCGCGAUGAUUCGCUCAGUAGGUCUUCGAUCACGAUCGAAACGCUUCGCAAUCAGAAGAACAUCGUGAGUUUCGUCCGUGACGAGCUCGCGCGCGAUGCGAGGUGA